GCAGCUCAAGAUUAACUUUGUUUGUACUUUGAUCUUCUUCUUCACUCUGCAGGAUGGAGAAACUGUGAGAUCCUUCACUAGAAAGGAAGGAGAACGCAUCACAGUUACAUGUGAAUUUGGCCUCUCUGGAAACAAGAAGUCCCUCUGUAAGGAAGUUUGUGAAGGAGGAAAUAUUCUCAUUGAAACAACUCAAAGCAGAGAUCGGAGAGGCAGAUAUUGGAUUCAAUAUGAAAAACGAGGCUUUCUGUCAUCUGAACAUGUUUAUGUGGGAAUCGAUGAGCUGAAACCGUCGGACUCAGGACUCUACCUGUGCCGUUCGAGUGGAACUGUCACUCAAAGUGACAACUUUCAACUUGUUGUGACAGAAGGCCCCAAAACAACAAGUUCUUCACUGUCUCCAUCAGAAACCAGCAAACUGUCUGAAGAGUCAGAAUCAGGUUUGCAGCUUUAUGUGAUUCUGUCUCUGGUCGCCAAGCUCAUCUGUUUAUCAACACCUUUGGUGAUUUUCUGCUGGAAGAGGAGAACCAUGAAAAGCAAAGAAUGAGUUUCAGAUCUUGCUGUGGAAACUCAGAACGCUCCCGUCUCUCAGAUCAAUCCAGAGGGAGGAAAUAAGAGGACAGACAAAACAAAUCAUCUGCUGAGGAAAUGUUUUCAGUUUCUUCCUGAACAAACACAGAUCAAAUCUAAACGGUUAUAAAAUUAUUAGAAAUUGUUUAGCACUUCACUGUGCAGAGAUGUUUCUGAACUCAAAGGUCCUCUCACAUUUUUCCUGUCUGGUCUCAGAAAAGUCAAACUCAAACUGUUAGCAAGUCUCUAUAAUCGGCGUUGAAGGUUUUAUAUCAAAAGCCAAUCAGAUUCCAUCAUUGUCACACUUUUGCCAAAUAACAAGAGUUUUGCCAUUUGGCUAAAAAAUUGUUUAUUCAUUCAAUGUUAUAGAAAAUGUUUGAAAGAUUAUCUAAUUGUGGUGUUGUAAAGAUUUUUUUUAAAAUAAACUCCUAGAAAUAUUUUGUAUUUUAAGAAAUUCAGUUUUCUAUGUUAGCAUUAAAAUAUGAGGAUAGGACCUUAAAUAAGAUAAAAGUAUCAAAUCCAAGUAGGAAUAAUUUAGAUUUGGAUGAAAACUACAAACAUAGAAAGGAUUAGAACACUAAUAUAGAUUUAACAUUUCUUAGACAUAUAACUAAAUAUAAUAACCAUGUUAUAAAACAUUCUUUAAAAUGAUCAAAAUAAUCAGAAACUCUUUUAAUUAAAACUGUUUGGUCUGAUCAGCAAUAAUCUACAGAAACUUUGACUCUGCAGUAAAAGUAGUAGUGCCCUCUGGCGUUCAGAGGAGGAACUGCAUCCUGCAGAGAAGUUCCUGGUUUAUGAGUGAAGCAGGAAGAGAAGCAGUUAGAAACCAUCAGCAGCUCAGGAUGAAGGUCUGUCUGAUCUGCCUCUUCUUCCUCACUGCUCUGCAGGAUGGAGAAACUGUGAGAACUUUCUACAGAGAGGAAGGAGGAAGCAUCACAGUUACAUGUAAAUUUCGUUAUUCUGGAGAGAAAAGGUUUCUUUGUAAGGAAACUUGUGAAGGAAAAAAUAUUCUCAUUGAAACAACUAAAGACGGAGAUGAGAGAGGAAGAUUCAGAAUCAGAUAUGAAGGAAGAGGUUUUACCGAAUCUGAUUUUCUCCAUGUGAGCAUCAGAGAUCUGAAACCGUCAGACUCAGGACGGUACCGGUGUCGCUUAGAAGAUACAUGGAGAGGAAUUCAGUACGAUGAUUUUGAUCUUGUUGUGACUGAAGAUUCUCCAGAACCAAAAUGGACUCCAAAACCUUUUAUAGGAUCAACUUUUCUCCCAACAUCAACUCAGAGUUUCUCUCCUUCUCCAUCUGAAGUCAAUAAACUCUCUGAGAAACCAGCUGCAGCUUCAGAUCUGCUGCUUUAUGUGGGUCUGGUUCUGGUUCUUGUCGUCCUGAUCGUCUCCUUGGCAGCAGCUCUGCUGAUUUUCAUCAGGAGGAAAAACUUCAGUCAACAGAAAGGUCUUUCUGAAGAAACAGAAUACGCCAACUUCUCCAAGGCUAAAGAUGAUGCAGUAGAGUACUCUGAGGUCCAGUUCCUGAAUGGUGCCUCGCCUUCAGCCCACAGCGCCCCCUGUGGUCAUGCAGAAAACGUCACUUACUCAGAGAUUCAGAUGAACAGAAUCAGCAAUGAUUCUGCUCUUUACUCCAACAUCAGUUUACAGCAGUAGCUCUGCUGGUUUUAAAGCUGCAGGUUUAUUGGUUUUAAUUUUUCUAAAAGAGUAACUGAUAUUUAAAAAUAACUACAGAAAUAGUUCAGAAACUGGAAUUCGCUUCCAGUAGAUUUCUUUUUUCAGAUAAGCACAUUAAUCCAUUAAAGUAAAAAAAUUGUAUAUUCACUCAUUAUUUCCAGUUGUAUUUAAUAAUUUAAAUUUAAGGAGUUCUCAUCUUUGUGCUGACUUUAAUUUUUGUUACUCCAGAAGAACUGAAUGUCUGUUUCUGAACGUUGAUGUUGUUGUUUAGUAAAACUAAAUGCUAACUGUGAAUUGUUUUACUUCUAUUUUGAUACAAAGGGACAUACUUGUGUAAAAAUUGACAUAAAUGUUGAUAUCUUUUUAU